AUGGAUGAAGACGAGGCCUUUUUGUAUGGAGAUGAUGAAGUCACCACUGAGCCAAAGAACGGUAUAACACAAUCCAGUUCAGACGCUCCACCCCCAGUUUUCAAAUCUACAUUCGAAGCAGUCUCCAGAAUAUCUGCUACGCCUGAACUAUCGGAAAAGCCCCUCGCUGUCGAAACCACGAGUAUUCCUCCUCUUCCGCCACCGAUUGCCGAUAUCGAGCAAAAUGUCCCAAAUCCUUUUCUUAACCCUGCUAAAUCCACAGAGGACAUUACAAGCGACCUAGAAUCAAAUGGGGAGCUAGAGGUCAACCAGGAACCUGAUGAGGAUGACGACCAAGAGGUAGAGGAGGAAGACUCGGAUGACGAUUUGCACAUCAUUCUGGAAGGCGACGGCACACAUCUACACAGUGCUCCAAAUGCAAGGGCCUCGGUUUCGACGUCAAGACCUGAAAUUCCCCGCGAAUCACCGGCACAACCUCGAGCAAUAGACUCCACAAACGCUACCACUGAAUACAAAAUCCUCGAACGCAUCGAAGGAAAACCAGCCGAACCAUCUACUCCUGGACCCGCAAAGCCUGCUCCAUCUAUAAGUCACAAUUCAUACCGUAACCCUUACGAGCUCCCUACCCAUAAUCGACUCCCUACCCCUGAAAAUUUUCCCAGACCCGCGACUCCGCCCCACGAUUCCUCUCUGGGAGAUCAGCAACCACCAAUCAACUCCGAAGCGCCUGUCCCCUUGACAGGCUAUGAUGACAAAGACGGUACAACAUUGAUGAACUUUGACUUCGACGCAAUUCCAGAAAGCGAGAAAGGAUGGAAAAAACCGGGUGCGCAUGUCGCUGACUGGUUUAACUAUGGAUUCGAUGAAACUACAUGGCGGUGGUACGUGAUGAAACAGAAAAGGCAUCGGGCGGACGAAUCCUGGGCGGCCAAUCCUUUCGCCGCUUUUGCGACUGGGAACAUUCAAGAGGCUUGGGAUACGCUGCCGUCUGAACUCAAAGGCAUCAUGAUGCAAACGAUUAUGGGGCCCAAUGCUGGAACAAAUGGCAAUCAUGGACCGCCGAUGCCACCACCGCCGAUGCCACAAAUGAUGGUGAUGAACCCAAUGAUGCAAGGCAUGGAUAUGGGUGGAUUUGG